AUAUAGAUCUAACUGACGUAGAAUUCAAAACUCAUGUCCGGAAACCAGAAAACAUAGUCAGAAUAGUCAGAUUUGACAGCAGUUUGCAUGUUUGUUAUUUUUCUGCAGUCUAUAGUUUAUUCUCAGGCAUCACUUCAGGACAGCGGCCAACGCAAUCAAAUACACACUUGUUAAACUGCAGCGCCUGCUCAGCAUCCAUCAAUUAACCCAUCUCGAUUGGAGCACUUCUGUGAUGUUCGUGGCUGGUUAGAUAUUUAGUAGGGACAUUUGCUGAUUACUUUUGCUUCAUAUUUAUAAUCGUUCUAGUUAGAUAGAUUUUUUUUGCUUUGGAGGCGUUAUGGAUAAAGUUUAGGAUAAAUGGAUGAGGUUAAUUUUACAGAAUUACUAAUGAAAAGGACAGAAAAUUAAGCUGCAACGGUAAUUCAGUCAAUCGAAUAUUCUCUGAAUAUAUGCAGCCCGCAUCUUGCGUAUUAGACCUGGAAUAGAACUAGAUAAGAGUUCUCUAUGGAUUCAUUUUGGCCAGCCUAACGCGCUAGCCAGCUCAGGCUGCGUCGUCAACUGUCAGCGGAGAGGAAAUUAUUUCCGGAAAAUGAAGAUUCCGUUAUAAUGUCGACAGAAAUGAAAGUGUUUUGUACUGCCUUUUUUAUUUUUGCUCAACUACAUGUUCUGGCUUUUGGUUUUAACCGCACUGCAAAGUUCAGACCCAACUUUGUGAUGGUGAUGUCCGAUGCAUUUGAUGGAAGGCUGACCUUUGACCCUGGGAGUACAUUGGUGCAGCUCCCUUAUACAAAAUACCUGAGGGAACAAGGGGCUGUCUUCCUCAAUUCCUAUACCAACUCUCCCAUCUGCUGUCCAUCUAGAGCAGCCAUGUGGAGUGGUCGCUUUGUUCAUCUAACUCAGUCAUGGAACAAUUAUAAGUGCCUGGAGGGUAAUGCCACCACAUGGAUGGACGUUCUGCAGGAAAAUGGAUAUCACACCAGGAGUUUGGGAAAACUGGACUUUACAUCCGGUGGCCAUUCUGUGAGCAAUCGCGUGGAGGCCUGGACGCGGGACGUGCCUUUCCUGUUGCGACAGGAAGGCCGUCCCGUGACGGACCUGAGGGGAAACGCAUCCACAGAGAGGGUCAUGACCAAGGACUGGAAAACCACGGACAUCGCUGUCCAGUGGAUCCACCAGACCGCCGCGUCCCUCCGCCAGCCAUUUGCCCUCUACCUGGGUUUAAAUCUGCCUCACCCCUACCGCACAGAUUCCCUGGGGCCCACUGCUGGGGGGUCAACCUUCCGCACCUCCCCCUACUGGCUGAAAAAGGUGUCUCAUCAGAACGUCUCCGUACCAAAAUGGCUGCACUUUUCAGAGAUGCACCCUGUUGACUACUACUCUACCUACACCAAGAACUGCAGUGGCAACUUCACCGAACAGGAAGUCAAAGACAUCCGCGCCUACUACUAUGCCAUGUGCGCAGAGACCGAUGCCAUGCUGGGUGCGGUGGUGGAAGCCCUGCGUGACUCGGGCUUGCUCUCCAGCACGGUCCUACUGUUCACCUCGGACCACGGCGACCUGGCCAUGGAGCACCGGCAGUUCUACAAGAUGUCCAUGUUCGAGGGCAGCUCGCACGUCCCCCUGCUCGUGGCCGGUCCCGGGGUGAAGGCGGGGCUCCGGCUACACGAGCCCGUCUCUCUGGUGGACAUCUACCCCACAAUGCUGGAUCUGGCGGGAGUCUCCGCCCCGGGCGGUCUCAGCGGUCACUCGCUCGUACCCCUGCUGUCCCGGAGCGCCGUCCCCCCGGCGGAGCCCCGCCCCGACUGGGUGCUCAGCGAGUACCACGGCUGCAACGCCAACGCCUCCACGUACAUGCUGCGGCAGGGAAAGUGGAAGUACAUGGCCUACGCUGACGGGCUGAGCGUCCCUCCACAGCUGUUUGACCUCUCCAGUGACAAAGAUGAGCUGCACAACGUGGCGGCCCAGUUCCCUGCAGUCUGCCAGCACCUGGACAAACUUCUGCGCAGCGUGGUCGACUAUCCCAUCGUUUCCAAGGAAGUGCAGCGCUACAACAGGCAGCAGUUCAGCAGCUGGAGGCAGAGCCUCGGGGACAGCUAUGCCAGCAUCAUCGCCGGCCUCCGCUGGCACUUGGACUGGCAGAGGCACCCCGACCUCUACGAGAAAGCCGUCGACGAGUGGCUCAAAGCGUAGCCCCGCCCCUUCUUACAGAGCCGCACAAACCUCGUGUCGUCCGCGCCAUGCUCCCACUUUCUGAUGUUCUUGAUGAUGUGCACUUAGCUGUCCUCCAUGAUCGGAAAACUAUUUGAGCCAAGGCUAUAAUUUCAGUAUUUCUUUUUUAUUUUAAUGGAAUGACUUCAGUGUUCAAUUCCUUGGCUUACCAUGAUCAAAAUUAGCUGGAGGGAUGCAUUCAAAUCAGUUUUACUUCACUGUUCCUUGCUGAGGAUGAACCGCAGGCCUAUACUGAGUAGGGAUGUGAACAACACUGUAAUGUAAUGUAAUGUAAUACUGAGUAGGGAUGUGAACAACACAGAUUUCUGACCGUUGACUAUGCUGUCUGAACUUUAUUUUAAAUGUUUGUUGUAAGAUACAACUCAAGGGUAUAACUUUGGUUUGAAUAUUGGGGGGUUGAAAUGCAUAGACCCCGAGAAUUGCAACCCUCUUUAAAUUAAGGUAGGUAUGAUUUCAGUCAAUUUAAUUACUCCUCCAUCUCCCACUUUGCAAAAUGGAUGGACUUCUGAUAAUUUAAUUGUAAUUAAAAGGCUGUUUUGAGGAAA